UCCUCUCUUUCUGGACACUUCAGGGAUCUGGUGGCAGGACCCACCAUCCCUGGCAGCAGUGGAGGCACCCUGGGACGUGACAGAGAUGGCAGCUCAGCAGAAGGCUGCCGGUGGCAACUCGGACCUGAGCCACCCGGAGAGGGACAACACGGAGGAGCUGGCUGUGAUGGACCCAGAGCUGGAGGCCAUCAAAGCCAGAGUGCGGGAGAUGGAGAAAGAGGAUGAGAGGCUGAAGGAGUUGCAGCUGGAAGCUGAGAGCCACCUCGUCGUGAGCUUGGAGGCAGGUUUCUUCCCAAAGACAACCGAGGAGAAGAUGGAGGUUGACCAGCGAUCCAUCUAUGUGGGCAAUGUGGACUACGGGGGCACGGCGGAAGAGCUGGAAUCCCACUUCAACAGCUGCGGGCAGAUCAACCGAGUGACCAUCCUCUGCGACAAGUUCUCGGGGCAUCCCAAAGGGUACGCCUACAUCGAGUUCGAGGAGAAGAGCUCAGUGAAGGCUGCGGUGGAGCUGGAUGAGAGCGUGUUCAGAGGCCGUGUCAUUAAGGUGCUGCCCAAGAGGACCAACAUGCCGGGCAUCAGCACCACCGACCGCGGGGGUUACCGGAGCCGCUUCCAAGCCCGGGGAGGGCUGGCACAGCGGGGAGGCUACUCCGGAGACACCAGGAGCGGCUCUGAAGCACCAGCACUUCUGAGGAUCAGUGUCACUCUCGCUGCCUCUCAGCUGACUGAAAUCUAG